ACAUAUUUGUGGACAGGUCUUGUCACAAGAUUUUUGUGCACAAAAUUUGUGUAAUUCUUCAGAUUACUUUGCUUUUACAUUUGUAUUUGUACAUAUUUAAGUCAGUGCAUAAUUAAUGCAUGAACAACUUUUUAACUGAUUUAAUUUCGUAUAAAAGUGUAAAGUAGGAUUUUCAAAGAAGUUUAUAAAAUGAAUACUACUGAGGCAAAAGCAUUAAGAAUACAAUUUUUGCUUUUCCUGGUCGGAAGUCAAUCAAACAUUAGAUCCUUAAAUCCUGGAAACAUUGAAAUUCAUGUCACAAAUGACACUAUUCAUACUUACCAUGUGGAUCGCUGCAUACCCUUCAUACCCAAAUCUGAGUCUGGCGACAUCAAUGGAAUUCAAACGUAUGGGAACUGUAUCAACAUUUAUUCCAAAGAAAACUGCGUCGGACAAUUCGUCCGACUUCAAUCUGGUGCCAUGAUUCAAUUCGUCUACUUCAAGGCGGUAGAUAGUUAUGCCUACAACAUUUUGGAUGACCAUGAAAAAAUGAUGGUUGGCUCGAUCGGGCCGUGUUUGGAGAAAUGUGAUCCUCAGAACUGGGCCGGAAUGAGGAGCCAUCUUUCAACCAAGUUUACCCUUUAUGAGGAGGCAGACUAUACUGGAAUCGGAUAUACGUACUCAAUAUCUGGGAAAGCGUGCCUCACAACCCCACAGGUGCCGUUGGAAUCCAUCAGGUUUUUACGGACUGAAAAAAAUACAACCGCAUGCGUCGAAUUACAUGAUGACCCUAAGUGUGGGGGGAACUCGGUCCAAUUACGGCCUGGUUAUCCAUACCUGCAUCGCAUAUGGUGGUGGGGCUUCCAUCGUGGGCAAGGUGUUGCUAUCUUCGCCAAAUCGGUCUCACUUUGCGGAUAUUCUUGCCCAACAGGGAUGAACAGUUUUUCAACAACGACGGUGAUAAAACCCACGACAACAACGCCCACAACGACGACAAGAACCAAACCUACUGGGACGACGCCAUUGGAAGAACCGGUGACCAGUCAGUCUAACUUACAGAUUCAUGAAAAAGCAAGUAACUCGCAGGAAGAGCGACCGCGGGAAGAGCAACCGACAGAUUUACCAGUGUGGGGCAUGAUGUUCAUUGUAUUGGCAAUUUUACUCAUUGCCGUCUUUGGUGGGAUUUACUUUUUUCAGCGGUAUCGAAAUGUACAUCCUCCAAAACCAAGAAUGUUUCGACGUCAUUUACAAGUCGCAAUUUGACAAAUCUUUAUGUGGACACUUUUUACGUUGAAUAAACUCUGUAUCUCUCAAAUGCGUCUAAA